CGAGUUUAAGCAGAAAACUCGUGGUUGAUUUUUUCCGCAGUUAAGUUUGUCCAAUGAAGUAAUGCGUACCGGUACGCUGUUUACGGUUGUAAAUAAGAUCUGCGGCAGGCAGCGAAAGCGGGACGUUUCAUUGUAACAACAGGAGUGUCGGUUUUGGAGCAACUGACCGCAAGAAAGAACAUCCAGGGUCUGCUCGCAAUAUGAAGGGGUUGUACUGUAAAUCGAGUGGAAGCUCAGAUGUCAGAUUUUUCAUCCAAGAAACGGACCUCCCAGGCACACUAGGAAACUACCAGGUCAAAGUUCAAGUGAAGGCCUGUGCCCUGAGUCCAUUGGACGUCAAGCUCCUGGAAGACCUGCAGCUCCAGAAAGACCUGGUUCCUGUGGCGAGGGAGAUUGCUGGCAUCGUGCUGCAAGUUGGGCCCAAGGUGACAUUUUUUCAGCCUGAUGACGAAGUUGUGGGAGUACUCCCCCUCGCUGCAGAGGUGUCUGGUCUGUGUGACGUCAUCCUGAUUGAUGAGCAUUACCUGGUGCGGAAGCCAGAGAAAGUGAGCUGGGUGGAGGCAGCGGGUUCGAUACAGGAUGGAGUCCGCGCGUACACAGCACUACACACCCUCGCCCGCAUGGCUGCCGGGCACACCUUGCUUCUGCUGGAUGGAGCCAGUCCUUUUGGAGUGCUCGCCAUCCAGUUGGCUCACUAUCAUGGGGUGAAGGUGCUGGCCUGUGCCCUUUCCCACGAGGACCAGCUGUUCCUGGAGCAGCUCCGCCCGCACGUGGGUGUCCAGGAGUCUGUGGUGGCGCGGGUAAUCAGCCUAUCAGACGGAAAGGUGGACCUGGUGGAGUCAUGUCUGGAGGAGACGGGUGGCCUGGGUGUGGACAUCGUGGUUGAUUCUGGAGUGAGGCUUUACGACGAAGAGCCCGACCACCGACGCCUGCUCCCACACAAGCAUGACAUCAUCACACUGCUGGGGGUCGGAGGUCACUGGAUCACCUCAGAGGAAAACCUGCAGCUGGAUCCCCCAGACAGCCGCAGUCUCUUUCUGAAAGGAGCCUCCCUGUCCUUCCUAAAUGAAGAGGUGUGGGGUGCAUCCCGAGCCUGUCAAGGGAGAUACCUCCACAUAAUGAAAGAUGUGGUUGAGAAGCUCUCCAGUGGAACUCUGAGACCACAGCUUGAGGACCCUGUGCCUUUUCACAAAGCCACCGUUUCCAUGGAGAUGGUGCAGCAGAAGAAAGUCAGAAAGAAGGUGGUGAUUCAGCUUUGAGGAGGACCAGCCUUUCCAGCAUUCCACAGUAGCCCGGCAGUGAACCAGAUCACAUGCACCAAGUCGUCAUCUUGUCUGUCCAUGUAGCUACAUUUCUGGCCAUCAUUUUGUGUUGUUUUUUUGUGUAUGAACCAUUCACACUUUACAGCUUUCACCUGUUCCUGGUAUUAAGACAAUGCUACAAGUCAAAGUGUUAGAUGGUAUAUUGUUGUAUAUAAAUACUCUGAAAUGUUU